CCUAUGGAUUGAGAUGUAGCCUGGCCGCCGGGAGGUUGAAAGUGCAAGGUUAUUCUGCGCCUGCGCGUCCCGGAUAACUUCGCUGGCUGCUCCUAUGCUCCCGGCUCGCCGCCAUCUUGUAUUGGGGCUUCAUUGUUUGCGCUGGGCCGGGCAGUUUAGUGUAAUUGCCGCGGAAGAAGGAGGUGGAGUAACCUCUGGUCAGCCGAGAAACCCAGCUAUCCCGUAGCCAUAACCGCUCAAACAAUUUGGGAGGUAGUGAAGGGCAGGGAACUGGACCUGGAGGCGCCGCCGCGACAGCAGCAGCCAUGGAGGACGAGAUGCCCAAGACUCUAUGGACUCUCACUUUGUCACCCAGGCUGCAAGGCUGGAGUGCAGUGGCACAAUCUCGGCUCAUUGCAACCUGCGCCUCCCGGUUUAAAGCGAUUCUCCUGCCUCAGCCUCCUGAGUAGCUGGGAUUACAGAUACGUCGGUAACCUUUCCAGGGAUGUGACAGAAGCUUUAAUUCUGCAACUCUUUAGCCAGAUUGGACCUUGUAAAAACUGCAAAAUGAUUAUGGAUACAGCUGGAAAUGAUCCCUAUUGUUUUGUGGAGUUUCAUGAGCAUCGUCAUGCAGCUGCAGCAUUAGCUGCUAUGAAUGGACGGAAGAUAAUGGGAAGUCAAAGUGAAUUGGGCAACAACCCCCAGCAGUCAAAAGAAAGAUACAAGCAGUAGUACCGUUGUCAGCACACAGCGUUCACAAGGUAAUUGUAUCUUCUUAAACAUAAAAUGAAAUCUCUUGAAAGGGUAUUCACUAACCACCUGAAGUUUUUUGUUUGAUAUUUGGGGGAGGGGGGGUGGGAGGAGAUAGUAUUUCUAUUUGUCUCUCUAGCAAUAUUUUUCUCACUUCUUCUCAGUGUUGACCAAGUAUAGCUUGUCCACUACUUUGGUGCUAGUUCAAGCUUUCUGACCCCUUUGGUAGCAGCUGAUGCCUUAGAACUACUUUCAUCAACUAAGGGGCAAGAUACCCUGCUUUCUUGAGGUCACCAUCUGGGCUUCAUACCCAGAUCUUCCAAAUGCUUGAGUUGCUCCUCAAAUUUUAUUUCCCAAAGAGCAAUCCAAAAUGUUGUUUAAGGCCUGUCAAAUAUGGGUAACUUUUCUUUCCAAAUAUGCUUUGUCAAAUUUAUGUGUGUGUCCAUUUUAAAGUGUUGGUCCAACAAUUUUGCAUUUUUAAAGUGUUUCUUUUUUUGAUAAUUGUCUUUUUUAAAAACUCAGAUAUGGGAUGGUUAUUUCUCUCCAAUGCUUUUUUAAUGGUUCUGAUAUAAAGUGAAGGGAUUACUGUUUUCAUUCUGUUGCCUUCAGUCUUAGUUCACUUGCACAUGGAUUCACAUAAACUGAAUGGUGUAAUGUCUGGGCAACCAAAACUGUUGGCUUUUGAGAAAACUGUCAAAUACUUUAACAUCAAACUGUUGCAAUGCAAGAUCAUUUCCAUGUCUUUGUUGGUGAUCUCAGUCCAGAAAUUACAACUGAAGAUAUAAAAGCUGCUUUUGCACCAUUUGGAAGAAUAUCAGAUGCCCGAGUGGUAAAAGACAUGGCAACAGGAAAGUCUAAGGGAUAUGGCUUUGUCUCCUUUUUCAACAAAUGGGAUGCUGAAAACGCCAUUCAACAGAUGGGUGGCCAGUGGCUUGGUGGAAGACAAAUCAGAACUAACUGGGCAACCCGAAAGCCUCCCGCUCCAAAGAGUACAUAUGAGUCAAAUACCAAACAGCUAUCAUAUGAUGAGGUUGUAAAUCAGUCUAGUCCAAGCAACUGUACUGUAUACUGUGGAGGUGUUACUUCCGGGCUAACAGAACAACUAAUGCGUCAGACUUUUUCACCAUUUGGACAAAUAAUGGAAAUUCGAGUCUUUCCAGAUAAAGGGUAUUCAUUUGUUCGGUUCAAUUCCCAUGAAAGUGCAGCACAUGCAAUUGUUUCUGUUAAUGGUACUACCAUUGAAGGUCAUGUUGUGAAAUGCUAUUGGGGCAAAGAAACUCUUGAUAUGAUAAAUCCCGUGCAACAGCAGAGUCAAAUUGGAUAUCCACAACCUUAUGGCCAGUGGGGCCAGUGGUAUGGAAAUGCACAGCAAAUUGGCCAGUAUAUGCCUAAUGGCUGGCAAGUUCCUGCAUAUGGAAUGUAUGGCCAGGCAUGGAACCAGCAAGGAUUUAAGCUGAAGUGCAAUGGAACAGUCUCAGCUCACUGCUGCCUCCACCUCCUGGGUUCAAGUGAUUCUCCUUCCUCAGCUUCCCUAAUAGUUGGGACUAUAGGUAUGCACCACUACACUCAGCUAACUUGUGUUUUUUUAGUAGAAGAUGGGGUUUUGCCAUGUUGCCCACGCUGGUCUGGUCUCUACUCCUGGCCUCAAGUGAUCCACCUGCCUCAGCCUCCCAAAGUGCUGGGAUUACAGAUGUGAGCCCCUCGCCCAGCUGAAUUUUUGUGUUUAUAGUAAAGAUAGGGUUUCACCAUGUUGGCUAGGCUGGUCUCCCGACCUCAGGUGAUCCACCUGCCUCAGCCUCCCAAAGUGCUGAGACUGCAGGAGAGAGCCACUAGGCCCAGCCAGUGGUAGCAUUUCUUGAGUGUCUUGCAGUUAGAAAUUUCUGCUCACUCAAAUGGCUAUUUGCAGCACUAGCUUCAGAGAGGAGAUUUUGCCAAGACUGACCAGUAAUUAAUUACACUGUGGCUCCUAAAGCUGAAGGGUAAAGUUACUCAGGUAGUAAAUGCAACUUUAAAAAGGAGAAAGAAAACUUCUUUACUAGGUGAUACUGUUCAGAAAAUAUAGAUUAAGUACAACUUUGUAUACUAGAUAAAUGAGAUCCUUAGCUAUUUAUUCUUGUUCAGCUCUAGAAUGUCAACAGCCAGACUUAAGCCCACCGGGCAGGAUGUUGGAGGAUCCUUCUGUGGAAAAACUAAGUGACUCCUGAGAGACGGCAGUUACAUUGGCGAGCACCCACCAAAAAAGCCAACUGGCCACCAGUCCCUCUACAGCCAGUCAAUAAGGCCUGCUUAAGUACACAAAUCUUGCAGACAGGUGUUUAGUGCUUCACUUUUAUAUGGGAUGGGAAAAUACCACUAGAAAUUUGAGGAAACCUUUGAUUGUGAAAGGUAGCUCUAAACAAAAAGUUAACUCAGUGAGAAAAUUUCCAGGAACUGGAAUAUCCCCAGAUAAGAGAAGAUGCUGUAUUCGAGAAAUUUUGAUGGCUGGCCACAGUGGCUCACGCCUGUAAUUCCAGCACUUUGGGAGGCCGAAGCAGGUGAAUCACAAAAUCAAAGGUUGGGACCAUCCUGGCCAACAUGGUGAAAGCCCAUCUCUACUAAAAAUACAAAAAUUAGCUGGGCGUCGUGGCGCACGCCUCUAGUCCCAGCUACUCGGGAGGCUGAGGCAGGAGAAUGGCUUGAACAUGGGAGGCAGAGGUUGUAGUGAGCUGAGAUCGCGCCACUGCACUGCAGCCUGGUGUCAGAGCAAGACUCCAUCUCAAAAGAAGUUAUGGGCCAGGUGCAGUAGCUCAUGCCUGUAAUUCCAGCACUUUGGGAGGCCGAGGUGAGCAGAUCACAAGGUCAGGUGUUCGAGGCCAGCCUGGCCAACAUGGUGAAAUCCCAUCUCUACUAAAAACAAGAAAAUUAGCUGGGCAUAGUGGUGUGUGCCUGUAAUCCCAGCUAGUCAGGAGGCUGAGGCAGGAGAAUCACUUGAAACCAGGAGGCGGAGGUUGCAGUGAGUUGAGAUUGUGCCACUGCACUCCAGCCUGGGCGACAGAGCAAGACUUUGUCUCAAAAAAAAAAAAAGAAAGAAAUUACGGCCAGGUGCAGUGGUUUAUCCCCAGAUAAGAGAAGAUGCUGUAUUCGAGAAAUUUUGAUGGCUGGCCACAGUGGCUCACGCCUGUAAUCCCAGCACUUUGGGAGGCCAAAGCGGGCAGAUACCUGAGAUUAGAGUUUGAAACCAGCCUGGCCAACACGGCAAAACCCCAUCUCUACUAAAAAUACAAAAUUAGCCAGGCAGGGUGGUACAUGCCAGUAAUCCCAGCUGCUCAGGAGGCUAACGCAGGAUGAUCACCUGAACCCAGGAGGCAGAGGUUACAGUGAACCAAGAUCACAUCACUGCACUCCAGCUUGGGCAGCAAGAGCAAAAUUCUGUCUCAAAAAUACAAAAUUAGCUGGGCAUGGUGGUGCAAGCCUGUAAUCCCAGCUACUUGAGAGGCUGAGGCAGAAGAAUCGCUUGAACCCAGGAAGCGGUAGUUGCAGUGAGCUGAGAUAGGGCCACUGCACUCCAACCUGGACAACAGAAUGAGACUGUCUCAAAAAACAAACCAACAAAAAGAAAUUAGAAGGCCAAAUACAGCGACUCAGGCCUAUAAUCCCCAACAAUUUGGGAGGCCAAGGUGGGAGGAUUGUUUGAGCCCAGGAGUUUGAGACCAGCCUGGGCAACAUAGCAAGACUUAAUGUCUACAAAAAAUAAAAUUACACCUUUAAUUCCAGCAUUUUGGGAGGCUGAAGCAGGUGGAUCACCUGAGGUCAGGAGUUCAAAACCAGCCUGGUUAACAUGGCGAAACCCCAUCGCCAUGUACUAAAAAUACAAAAAUCUGGGCAUGGUGGCACGUUCCUGUAAUCCUACUCAGAGGCUGAGGCACAAAAAUGACUUAAACUCGGGAGACUGAGGAUGCUGAGAGCAGAGAUCAUCCCAGUGCACUCUAGCCUGAGCAACAGAAUGAGACUCUCUCAAAAAAAUAAGUAAUUAAAUAAAAUAGGGCAGGGCAUGGUGGAUCACUUGUAUAAUCUCAGCACUUCGGGAGGCCAAAUCGGGUGGAUCACCCACCUGAGGUGAGGAGUCCUCCCCAGAUCAGCCUGGCCAACAUAGGGAAAUCCUAUCUCUACUAAAAAUGCAAAAAUUAGCCAAGCACGGUGACUCACACCUUUAAUCCCAGCACUUUGGGAGCCAAGAUGGUGGAUCACAAGGUCAGGAGUUCCAGACCAGCUUGGCCAAUAUGGUGAAACCCCAUCUCUACUAAAAAUACAAAAAAUUAGCUGGGCACAGUGGCAGGCACCUGUAGUCCCAGCUACUCGGAAGGCUGAAGCACAGAAUAUAGCUUGAACCCAGGAGGUGGAGGUUGCAGUGAGCCAAGAUUAUGCCACUGCACUCUAGCCUGGGCAACUGAGCGGGACUGUCUCCAAAAGAAAAAAGCAAAAAUUAGCCAGGUGUGGUGGCGUAUGCCCGUAAUCCCAGCUACUUGGGAGGCUGAGGCAUGAGAAUCACUUGAACCCAGGAGACCGAGGUUUCAGUGAGCCAAGGUAGAGCUACUGUGCUCCAGCCUGGGUGAUAGAGCAAGACCCUGUCUCAAAAAAAAAAAAAAAAAAAAAAAUAGAGCAGGAUAGUAAUAAAAUAUCAGAAAAAAAUUUUUUAAAUAUGAAUUAAUUCAGUGAAAAUACUAAAAGACAAGGAACUGUUUUAGAGCAUAAACCAAAAGUGAAGGGAGAAAAUAAAGUUGGCUUAAAAAAUACAGGAGGUUUAAUAAGCAACCAACAGGAAUCUCAGGAAAAGAACUGAGAAAAUAGAGUGGGUAGAAUUUAUUUUAUUUUAUUUUUAUUUGUUUAUUUUUUAGAUGGAGUCUCGCACUGUUGUCCAGGCUGUAGUGCAGUGGUGCAAUAUUGGCUCACUGCAAUCUCCACCUCCUGGGUUCAAGCAAUUCUCCUGCCUCAGCCUCCUGAGUAGCUGGGACUAUAGGCAUGCACCACCGUGCCCAGCUAAUUUUUUUUUUUUUUUUUUUUUUUUGUAUUUUUAGUAGAGAUGAGGUUUCACCGUGUUGGCCAGGAUGGUCUUGGCCUCCUGACCUUGUGAUCCACCCUCCUCGGCCUCCAAAAGUGCUGGGAUUACAGGUGUGAGCCACUAUGCCCAGCUAGAAUUUAUUUUAUUUUUUUGAGACAGAGUCUUACUCUUGCUGUGUUGCCCAGGCCAGAGUGCAAUGGUACAGUCUUGGCUCACUGCCGCCUCCUCCUCCUGGGUUCAAGCAAUUCUCCUGCCUCAGCCUCCUGAGCAGUUGGGACUACAGGUGCCUGCCACCACACCUAGCUAAUUUUUGUAUUUUUCAUAGAGACCAGUUUUCACCAUGUUGGCCAAGCUGGUCUCAAACUCCUGACCUCAGGUGAUUUGCCUGCCUCGGCCUCCCAAAGUUCCAGGAUUACAGGCGUGAGUCACUGUUCUUGGCCUAUGAUUUAUUUUAAAAUAUAAGAAACUUUCCCUGAUGAAAUGAUGAGCUUCAAGUUGAAAAAUGGCUAUUAUUAGGGCCGGAUCUCGAGGUCAACAGAUCGAAACCAUCCUGGUCAACAUGGUGAAACCCCGCCUCUACGAAAAAUGCAAAAAAUUAGCUGGGCAUGGUGGCGCGUGCCUGUAAUCCCAGCUACUAAGGAGGCUGAGGCAGGAGAAUUGCCUGAACCCAGGAGGCAGAGGUUGCGGUGAGCUGAGAUUGCGCCAUUGCACUCCAGCCUGGGUAACAAGAGCGAAACUUCAUCUCAAAAAAAAGAAAGAAAGAAAAAUGGCUAUUAUUGAGUUAGCACAAUAGUAAAAAGAUCCAUAUGAAGUUAUACCACCAUGCAAUUUUAGGACACCAGACAGUAUUCUAAAAGUUUCCAAAUGGAAAAGGAUUGAAAGUAAUAUUAGCCUUCAUCUUCCUUCAUGGAUUUUUUUUUUUUUUUAAGUAGUAUUAGCCUUAGAUUCUCAACAGCAGCCAGGUGCAGUGGCUCAGGCCUGUAACUCCUGCACUUUAGGAGGCCAAGGCAGGAGGAUAGCUUGAGGCUAAGAGUUCAAGACCACCCUGGGUAACAUAAUGAGGACCUAUCGCUACAGAAAUAAGAGAUAGCUGGGCAAGGUGGCUAGCACACGUAGUUCCAGACACUCAGAAGGUGGGACAAUCACCCAGGAGUUUGAGGUUGCAGUGAGCUAUCAUGCUGCUGCACCCCAGCCUGGGUGACAGAGAUCCUGUCUCCAGGAAAAGAAAAAGUUCAGUGUGUCUAGAAAUGGAAUCCAACAUGAGUGAUAUAAAGGGAAGUUCAGGGACAACUGCUGUGACUCAAUUGGGCAUCCGUAUAGAUUGAUGGCCAAAGGGCUCGACCUGAUUAUCUGACAGGCUGAACUGGGCAAAGAAUUGGAUAGUAAGACAUCUUGCAGUGCCAUAGAGGAUGUGAGAAGAAAAAUGAUAUAAUUGGGCUGGGCAUGGUGGCUCGCACCGGUAAUCCCAGCACUUUGGGAGGCUAAGGCCAGCAGAUCACCUGAGGUCGGGUCAGGAAUUUGAGAUCAGCCUGGCCAAUAUGGCAAACUCCAUCUCUCCUAAAAAUACAAAAAUUAGCCAGAUGUGGUGGUGGGUGCCCGUAAUCCCAUCUACUUGGGAGGCUGAGACAGGAGAAUCACUAGAACCCAGGAGGCAGAGGGUGCAGUGAGCCAAUGUCAUGCUGCGCUGGAUGUCUACCUUGGCCUGCUCUUGACUGCCACGCAGCCAUUUUCUUUACACUACACCUCCUAGGCCAAAAGGGUCCUCUUAGAGGGGGCACAUGCCCACAGGGCAGCACACUGGGCCGUAAGCCACAGCCACAAUACAGGGAGCAGUAGCCUACUUCCGAGAGCAGCUCAGUCAUAGAGACCCCCCACCCAGGCGGCGCUGAAGGAGUUAUGAAACAGACACAGAAAUAGAGUGCAAAGUGGGAUAUCAGGGGGCUAACAGCCUUCCAAGCUGAGAGCCUCAAGCAGACUCUGACCCACAUUUAUUCUCUGAACAGGUGAUUAUUAUUAACAAACAGGUGUUCUGUGUUUUCUCAUAGAACAAAAAUAAAGGCAGGUAGCUGGUGCCUGCUUAUCACUGAUCAAAGACAAACUACAAAGCAUUUUCCAUGAGGGAGCCAUGGGGGCAGGGUCACAUAUCCCCUGCUUAAAGAACUAGUUUAACUUGUGUUAAACUAGUUACUAUAUACACAUACUGUUAACUACUUUAGAACACCCUGAGCAGUUUUCUGCUUGGGGGGCCAUCUCGGUUUUCCUUGCCAUCGCUCUCCGCAAACAAUGUAGUCCAUCAUACACUCAGCAACCUACCACUAAUAUUCCUGCCGUGCUGCCCAGGAUUAUUAUCAGGGCCCAACAUAAGCCAGAGCCCACAGACACCACCAUCUCCACAGGGGAUUGUCAGAAAGGCUCUCAACUGCCUUAAUCUCCUGUGAGAUCCUUUGCAAGGCUGCUGUUAUGUUUUAGCAAUUGCCCAGAAUAAAGGUAUAACAUUGUGUCCCUAUGAGGGCACAGGUGCCACCUUGGGCAGCCAUUACUAUAUCUAAGGCCAUUCAGUUUUGCAGCACCACCUUUUUAGUUUAACCUUGUUGGUUAACAGGAGGAAGGAGACUCGGGUGUAAUUUAGGGCCCAAGCUGUGUGCUCUGUAAGCGCUGUAGCCUGUUUCUACAGUGAUGACACCUGCUCCAGGGAUAGUCAUAACUAAGGGGUAGAGCCACCAAGGGGCCUGGCGUACUGGUAAAAACCAGGAACACAGCACCUCCCAGUUGUGUGGGCAUCUAGGCAAUGUGGGAAGCGCAGUGGCAGGCAUAGAAGGCCACCCCCAGGUACAGCAGUCAGUCGAGCUCACUGGCAAAUUCUGCCAUCCCAUGUCUUCACAGGCCCGUAAACUCCCAGGGGGCACAAAGUCCAUCAGGGCCUGGUCUUGCUGAUACUGCCUAGUUCAACAAGUUUUUCUACCAAAAAGACUUGGUUGCCCGCCAUAGUCUGCACAAAUAUCACACAUGUCACCAAAGGUGUGGUGACGUGUGAUAUUUGUGCAGACUAUGGCGGGCAACCACUCCAUGGUGAUGCCACCCCAAUGUUGCUCUACACAUUGUGGUGCCUCUGGUGGAGGCACCCUGUGUUCUCCCACUAACCAGCCUCAUUCAUCAUAGACACUAUAGAUUAGCCAGGGGGCAGGCAUGCCCCUAUUCAAAGAUUGCCAUGUUGUAUUCCAGGUGUGGCCCAUAGGACCCCAAGUCUCUAGCCAGGUCCAGUUCUCCAUAGAAGCUGGGUGUAUAUGCCAGGGCAAGCCAUCCGUAGCUGUUGCUGGAAGGGCGAUGCCAAUCUAACAAUUGGAAAUAUGAGUCACAUCAGCAUAGGUGCGGGCCCAUUCCACAAUGCUGUUGGAGCAUGUCAACCUCCGGUUGAAACGGCAAAGGAGGCACAGGUACUAAUGGGUAAAUCAUGCCCCUCAGGUAAAAUACAGUCCAACCAUUCAUCUCUGGAUAGCAGUGCAGCUGUCAGCAGCUUCUGCCCUGGAUGAUGGUACCACACCUUUUUAGCUCCUCAUGGUUCCUUUGGGUCCUGUAGCCAUGCCAAAGUUACUGGGAAGCUCAUAAUAGGCCACACAGACUGUAUAUAUGUUCCCCCAGAGGAGGGUUCCCUCCUUGGCUGUUCCCCUACAAGCAGUCAGUCAUCGAGGCCAUACAUUAAAGAAGUGACAUGUAAAUCACAGUCUAGGCCUUCCCCCCGGGGGGCUAUGAUGGCCAACCACCUGCAAUAGGGGCGGGGGGGCGUUGGAAGGUCCGAGGUCAAAGCCAGGAUUUUUGUUCCCCUGCCUUUAGGGGAAUUGGGACAAGCAACAACAGAUUACCAUUCAUUCCAAUACCUGUCGGAGGAGGUAUUCCUUGAUGUGUAUCUGUAACUGAAUGGGGGCAGCAGCCCAGUGCAGCAGGGCCUCCACCAGGGCUGUGCCACCUUUUCGUGGCCACUCAUUUAAGGUCUAAAGAACUAGGUCCGGCCAUGAACUCCAGCUCUGAAAACAGAGGGAAGUAACAUGCAAGCAUAAUCCUCUUUUCAACAGUCCACUAUAUCGUUUAAUCAUGCCAGCAGCCUGUGGGUUAUACAGAACAUGAAACCCCCAUUUUAUGUCCAUCUGCCAUGCCCACAGUUGUAUUUGCUUCUCAGUGAAAUGUGUUCCCCUAUCACUUUCAAUGGCCAAGGGGUGACCGAAGAGAGGACACAAGUGUUGCAGGGCCCAAAUGGUAUGUUGUUGGUUGACCCCCCUACAAGGGUAGACAACAACAGACCAGUGCUGUAUCUACAGCCACCAGUGCAUGCGUAUUUCCCUGCAAUUUCUGCAGUGGCCCAGUGUAAUCUAAUUUUUCAUUUUAACUUUUUGAGACAGCCUCACUCUGUCACCCAGGCUGGAGUGCAGUAGCAUUAUCUUGGCCUACUGCAACCUAUGCCUCCUGGGUUCAAGCUAUUCUCAUGCCUCAGCCUUCCAAGUAGCUGGAAUUACAGACAUGCACUACCACACCUGGCCAACUUUUUGUAUUUUUAGUAGAGACAGGGUUUCACCAUGUUGCCCAGGCUGGACCCAAACUCUUGAGCUCAAGUGAUCCACCUGCCCCAGCCUCCCAAAUUGCUGGGAUUACAGGCAUGAGCCACCGAACCCGACCUAGCAGCCCAAUGUAAUCUCUCUGCCAUCUGGUCAAGGGCAUCUGCCCUAUCAUCAUCACUCAUUGCAUGACACUAAGCAGCUGCCUCUGUCUGGGUAUGCCUGUGUGUGUACACUGGGCACUUACAGUAGGCCUCUCAAAUAUCCCCCAUGGACAAGGACAGACCCAAGUGCUUAUUGACCUGCUGCAUUAGUUUACCCCCCAUAUGGCCCAAUUUCCAGCUGCAUGGUCCAAUUUCCAGCGUAGCCAUUAAGCCAAAUCUGGUGUAGGUGCUGACUUCAACCAUUGGACCCUGGCCAAAGCAUUUGCCUCGUUACUGCCAGGGACAGCCAAAGGCACAUGACCUGACACAUGAUAAAGACUUACAUUCUUUUUUUUUUUUU